GACGCGGUGGUACGCGGUUGUGAGGGCCGCCGCCGCUGCCUCAGCCGCUUGUCAUGUCGGAGAUUUUGUGCGAGUGGCUGAACGAGGAGGUGAAGCUCUCCCGGAGCGUGGUUCCAGGAUCAUUUUCGGAAGAAUUUUCUACUGGCUACCUCCUAGGAGAACUUCUACACAAAUACGGUCUUCAGGAUGACUUUAAUCAAUUUUCACAGAGCAGGGUUGCAAAUGCAAAACUUAACAAUUUUUCUCGUCUGGAGCCUACGCUUCACCUCCUUGGUGUACAGUUUAAUGAGAAUGUGGCCCAAGACAUAAUGACAGGACAGCAUGGGGCUGCAACGAAGCUUUUAUAUGAAUUGUAUAUUGCUUUAGGAAAAAAGAGAAAGGCAAAGCUCACUGGAGUAGCCAUGGAAGCAAUGAGACCUGCAGCAACUACAAAGCUUAAGUCUAUUGAAAGUGCUUUGUAUAGAGAGCGUUUGAAAACUUUAAUGCCACGUCAGGCUGAUUUGCAACUACAGCAGAUUUCAGAGCAUUUUGAAAUAAAAUCUAAGGCAAUAGAAGAUAAAAUAGCUCGUAUACAUAUUGCAGAACAACAGAAAGUUCAGAAGCUCCAAGAGGAACAAAGAGCCCAAGACAUUGAAAAGCAUUGCAUAGGAAGAAGGAGACAAAAUGAAAUAAUGGCCAGGAUUCAAGCAGCCAUUAUACAGGUUCCAAAGCCACCACCAAACCACACCCUAAAAGCUAUUGAAGCCAAAACAUUGUUAAAGAAGAAAAGAGAAGCAGAGGAGACAUACAAGGAGAUUAAAAAAUUUGAGCAGUCUUUGACAGAAAAUGCCUCUGCAGUACACCAGCAAGUCACUGACAGUGAUAUACAAGAAUCAUUGCAAACACAGAAGUUGCAAGCAACAACUCUAGAAACUACACCACAGACAGCAACUGAGCCUUUGAGUAUUUAUUCAGAUGAUGAAUAUAUAAGAAAAAUUCAAAAACGUUUGGAGGAAGAUACGUUUGCUAGAGAACAACAAGAAAAGAGACGACGAAAAGUGCUAAUGGACCAGUUAAUAGCACAUGAAAAACAAGAGGAGGCUUACCGGGAGGAGCAACUUAUUUACAGACUAAUGAGACAAUCUCAGCAGGAGCGGAGGGUUGCUGUUCAACUCAUGCAUGUUCGACAUGAAAAAGAGGUGUUAAGGCAAAAUAGAAUUUUCAGGGAAAAACAAUAUGAAGAAAGGCGACUGAAAGAGUUCCAGGAAGCUCUUGAUAGAGAAGCGGCUCUGGCAAAACAAGAAAAAAUUGAUUAUGAAGAACAAAUUAUCAAAGAAAGAGAACAUCAUGAGAAAAUAGCUGUUGAAAGAGCUCAGGCUCGUUAUAAAAAGCAUUAUUCUAUAUGUUGGGAAGUGAUCGACCAAAUCAUUGAUUUGUCAACAAAAGUAGGAGAAUAUCAUAUACUGACAAACAACAAAAUUCCAUUAAAACUGAUGUGUGAUUGGAAGGAAUUUUUUUUUAAUGGAAAACCAAUAUAUGAGCAAGCUUCAAUUCAACCUUUGCCAAAUGAACCAAGGCCAGAACAAUUUGUAGAGCUGAACAAAAUGAAUCUGUUAGAUGAAAAAGAUUAUGGUGAAUACAAGAGUAUGACAGGGGAAUGGUGCCCAACUGAAGAAAACAGUGAAAACAAACCUCCUCCUAAUAAUAACAUAUUGGGUCAUGUGCUUCAUAGACUGAUGGAGAUUUUCUAUCCUCCAAAACCCAAAUCUUCACCACCUGUAUUUCCUUCAUUUCCUAUCAAGGGAUGUAUCUUGGGAAAACUUUUUAGUGGAAAAACUACCUGCGUAAAGUUUAUUGAAAAAGUUUGCAAUAUUCAGGUACUGUCUGUUGAUACUCUGGUUCAGGAGGCCAUCCAGGCUUUUCUUAAAAAUGAAAUGAAAAGUGAACACAAUGUGAUUCCACAGGAAGCAAAGAGUUCUGGGGAACAAAAUGAGGUCCAGAAGAACUUUUCAAAAUCACCACUGAAAGUUCUAAAGAAACUCCAAACAGAAACACCUAUCAAUGGAACCAAAGGCAAUUUUCCUGUCAAAAAGGAUCCAUCUGGGCAAGAAUUUAAAUCAGAUAACAGUCAGGAUGGCCUAUCCAAGCUAUCUGUACGUGCCCAGCUUGGCGCCGCAUCACAGAAAUUGUUGAAGAAAGGAAAAAGCAUUCCUGAUGAAUUACUAAUAGACGUCCUGUUGGAAGCCAUUAACCAAACACCACCAGAGAAGGGGUGGAUUGUGGAUGGGUUUCCAAUGACAAUUAAUCAGGCAAAGCUAUUUGAAAAAGUUUACACGGGGAUUGAUACAGAAGCAAAAGAUACAAAUCCUGGAAAGCUGUCACUUGUUACAGAUGCCAGAGUCCCAAAUAAGCCUCCUGUUACCUCACCUGCAUUUGAUGUUUCUAUAUUAUUGGAUAUUUCAGACACCAUGGUACUGAAACGUGUGGCUAACUUGAAGUCAGAUAAAUCAAAGUUAUCUCAAACUGAACAGGAGAACAAUCAAAAUUCAGAUGCUGAAAGCUUAGAAGAGAAGAUUGACCUAGACAGGGACCAGGUGCUACAUAGAAUUUCAGGCUUUCUAGACACAUGGCCAAAAUUGGAGAAAUGGUUUUCAAUCCGUCAAAGUAUUCUAGUGAAAGUCAAUGCAGAGACAGAAAAAAGUCUGUUGUGCGAAACAGUGAAGGGAAUUAUAAUGGAAGAAGUUGCCAAAAACCAGAAUAGAAAGUUUACUCAAGAAAAAUCGACAGGAAAAACGCUUUUAACAGUUACACAUCAAGAUCUGAUUCCUCCCAUUCCUGUGGCACCACCACCAAUUGAACCCGGAUCAGAUGAAUGGAUUUACGUAAAUGAACCGCUUCCCAAGGAGAUACCUGAUUUUUUAGUACCUUACUGGGAAAUGGUAGAAAAUGCAUAUAUGAAUACCAUCAAAGCAAUACUUAGAUGUCUAAGGAAUGAACAGCACUCUGUGAUUUAUUACUUAGCAGAUGUUAGAAAAAAAUUCCAAGAUUAUUUGAAGCAUCCAGAUCUUAAGCAGGAGUUUGUAUCUCAGUGGCAAUCAGAUUUUAAUUCAAUUGCUGAUGACCUGCGAGAAGAUGAGGAAACAAAAGCAGAACUACACCAAAGAGUUACUGAUCUAAGAGAUCUUCUGUGGGAUAUCUGUGAUAACAGAAGGGAAGAAGCAGAGCAGGAACGUACUGAUAUAAUGAAUGAUGGCUGGUUACCAGAUCGUAGAGGGAUUGCAAUGAACCAUUUCUUUUCACUUAUGCAGGUUGAAGUGGAUCGCUUCCAAGAUACAAAAAGACUUCUUCGUGACUAUUAUAGGGCAAUGGAAGGAAAAAUCCCAACAGAUGAUGGUCAAGAUUUUACUAGAAUCCCAUUGUUAGAUAUUAUUGAUGUAGAGCAGAAAGAAGAUAAAAACAAAUCAAGAAGGAUUCCUCUGGUUUCUUGGAAUCUGCCUUCACCAGAAAUAAUUAUUACCAAGUCAAAAAGCAAGGGAACUCUACAGAAGAGUACUAAAGAUGAGAGUUCUGAAAAUGGAGUAGCCACUUUUGAGAAAGAUGAAAAUCUUAUUACUGAGACAUGGCAAACAGCAGUAACAGCAGUAUCAAAUAUGGUAACAGCUGAAAUAGAGUCUAAAGAAAUGGAGGAAGAAAAAGAAGGGCAGCAGCCGGAACUGAAGGAAGAUCUGAUAUCUUCACAGACAUUGUCAGGCAAAGCUACUGGGAAAGAUGCCAGAGAUGCCAAAAAGCUUUCUCCCAAAUCAGCUACUAAAAAAAAAGGACCACCUUCUACUGCAUCUGCGGUUGAAGUCAGUCCAGUUCCCAUAACCCCAGAAGAAUUAAAGAAACAAGAAUUGACACUUAAAAUAAAGAAAGAAUAUUUCAGUGCCUUGAAACAUGAGGAGGUAGCCACAAAGUCUCGGCUAGAACUUAUAAAAGAAAAAGCUUUAGCAUUUGUUGAAGACCUAACAAUGAAAGCAGAGGAGGCUUAUAAAGAUAUGGAAAAGUGGCUUGGAUCCAGGUUCUUGGCAGAAAUGUCCAGUGUUGAAAAGCUGAUAGAGGUUGCACGACAUCAUAUUGAAAGUUCUAGCAAAAUCCAAUAUGAAAUAACUUUAGAAGAGACAGAUUUCUUCAUCAGCAGUGAUGUAAAAGUGAUUCCUGACCCUGUUCCUUCACUACAUGUUCCACCCAUAGAGACCUCUGGAAGUGGUACUCUAACUAUUUCACAACUUACUACGCUUCAUAAGCAGUUUCUACAGGUGGCACCUAAAGUUUUGUGUUUCCUAGGAAUUUAAAGUAUUAAAGAACUGCUGAUUCAUCACAGACAACUUUGUUCUGUUCUGCACGCUUGGUUCUCCAUGGAAGCACAUUACUCACCAUUCUAAGCACCGCUGGACAAAAAAUACAGCCUAUGUGGGACCUUCCUACCUACUGACACAGUCUUUCAUUUGAUAACAAAAUACUGAAAUUAUUAUUCUUUUAUUAUUCCGAGUGACAUUGCCCAAACUCAAGGUGGCUCUGCAGUAUCUGUUAAUUUCAUUAACUCCUUUGAUCAAUUUGUUAACAGUGCUUUAAUAUAUUGCCUCACGAACGUGCUGCUUUUUUAUAGGAAGAACUGUGCAAGGUCUUAAAUGGAGCUACUAACACUUCUUUUCUCUUCUACAGUCGCUUUGGAUGUGUUCUGUUCUUAUCAACAAAAUUAAACUAACCAUCUAUUAGAUCUCAUCCUCUUUGAUUCCCUUUAGCACUAUAUUCUUCCUAUGACCACAUCUAUUGUCAAUUCAAUUAGCACAUGUCUGGAAUAUCUCAAUUUUCUUCUAAAGGUGCUUCAGAGAAUGCAAUUUUGAUGUUUUGCAUUACCAAACAGGUCAAAAUAGAUAUCCCAGACUUUUGUUCUCCAUCUUAUGACUGGAUUAUACAAGGGAAUUUUAAAUUUUAUUUAUUUUUUCACAGUCAUGAUGCUCAUGAACCAUUCCAGUUUGAAUUAUAGAACUGAAUAUUAUCAGAAAUAAACACCUGUCAGGUUUAAAAAACUUCUAUAUCCAGUAUCCAAAAAAUGCUUAAAAUGCAUAUGUAUAGACUAUACAAUAGUCUGCUAAGAGGUGAACCAGUAAAACAUAGAGGACAGCCUAGGAGCAAAUAGUAUUGCUAUUUCUUUUCAAAUUGUAGACUUGUCAAUUGAGUUUUACUGUCUUGGGAUUUGGAUCAGCUAGGCAUAUUAAAGUGUGCAUCUAGUUCAGCUGAAAUUUUACCUUUUUAUUAGAAUAUUUUGUUGAGUGUAAUAGAAUUACAUUUUGACCCUGAAUAAUGUCUAUAGGUUAAGCUUUGUCUUUCCAAGCACUUUUGUAGAAACAAUUAAAGAGCUUACAGUAGUAAUCCUCAUGAUCUGACUUUGAUGUGAAUAGUGAAGUCUAUAUGUGAGCACAGAAAUACGUUUCUCAUCUGUAACUUAUCUUUUCUAAGACUGUAUUUCUCUUCAAUGUGCUUUUUACAAAACUUGAAAAUAAGAAAGGUUAGGUUUGUAGACAGAGGAAGUAUCUUUUACUAGAAAAUGAUAUAGAUAGAAAAUGCCUAAGCUUUUGGGAUAUGAAGCCCUUAAUCAGAGAUCCAAAAUAGAUACAACAUCUCUCCCUACAGAUAAUGGAAAAUUUGAUAAUUUUACUGACUUAGUUUCACUUACAUGCCCUGUUAUGUCUCUUAUAAAUCAUGUAUCUUAUUUAAUUUCAGAAAUCUGUAACUGUUUGCCUAUGGUAUUUAAAAAUCCAUGUAGCCAAUUACUUUUAUGAAACAUAUUUAAUAUGUUUGUAUAUGUUUCUGUGCAUUUGAAAAUAUAUAUCUCUCUCCAAGUAUUAAGAUUUCAAGCAGCAUGACAGAGGAACUUUCCUUUCCCCUCGUUGCUUCUGUGCUUCAACACGCGUACCUUACUCUCUGUGAUUCCUAAUUUAAAAUCCCAGUUCUUGCUAAUUAGUGAGGAUUGGACAUAUAACAUAGCAGAAUCAGUAAUAAUUAGUGAAUAAAUUAAGUAAAUAUUUACAGUGAAAAUCACCUACAGAGGGUGGUGAGUAUCUCAAUAUUUUGGAGGAACUGAAUCAUAUUUUUGAGACUCCUCUUUUUUUCAUCAAAGGACAGAAGUAUCUUUUAGAAGCUUUUAGACUACUAAAAUUAGAUUAAUAUAAUUCAGCCUCAGGGUUUAUUUCACUCAUUCAUCUCUUAUGGUAUUGCUGCAGACUGUGGUGUGUAACUUGCAUUGAUCAUCGUUGAACCUUGUAGUCAGAAAUCACUAUGGAAAUAUUUUUCUCAGUUAAAAUGGAGGGGAAUAGGAAUUUGUUUAAAUGUUUUUUGUAAAAUUUGAUGAAAAAUUAAUGUUAACAUAAUUCUCAUCUGUAGUACAGUUUUACAAUCUCUUGUUACCUGUAUACAUUUAUAAUCUGAAUCUUUACUAUAGUUCCUCAGUGCUGACUGGUGGAUCAUUAAAAAGAGUCUCUUUUUCAUAUCUGUGCCUUAUAACUGAGGCAUGGUGAUUGCUCUUUCUUUCUUUUGUCCCUUUAAAAUGUCACAGUCCUGGUUCACAGGGUACAUAUCUAGUGUACACAUAUGCUGCUGUCAUUCUUAAUGUUCUUUUUUGAAUGUUUAUUUUUCUCUUUUCAGUUUUACAUGUGGUUAUAAUCUUAAUUUCUUCACUAACUAUUUUUUUGCAUUUGUUAUGUUUCUGCACUGCUUGCUGAAACAUAUAUAAAUGUUUGUCAGUGUCACCUUGUCUAUCAGUGAAAGAUACUCACUUUUAAAAAGACGUCAGUGAAAACCAAUUCUACCUUGUGUGGCUUUUUCUAUAUUAGUUUUCCUUUUUAUUUCAUUGGUGUCAAACUUUUAUGUGAAAAAGAGGUUGUUUCAUGAGUAAUACAGGCUGGCUUCCUUUUGUAUCCUGUGUUCUUUCUGUAGUACCACUGCAACAAAUCCCACCUUUUCCCAAGUUCCCAGCUUCCUCCAACUAGUCCAGCUCCUGUUCCUUUCCAUGUCUGUUAGUCUCAUUUAAAAAACAAACAAACAAAAAACUGCUAUCUUCUUUCAUGCCAUUUUACCUAUGUGUUUUGCUUGCACAGCUAUGGCCAGGAUGCACUGGAUGCUGCGUGUGGUCUGGAACUGAGUUUAGGUUGACUUACACCUCUUGGCUGCAGAGUGGAUAAAAGCUGAUCAUCUCCCUGCUUUUACCUCAGUAGGAAUGUUAUGAGGAUCUCCCUCCUGUAUGUCGGAACCAAUCUUAAAGAAAUUUAUAGGACCUUCAUAACUCUUCUGACAAAUUUGGUUCAAACUGGCCAUUAUAAAAUUAUCAGUGAGGGAGAACUGGCAAACAAACAAAUUAAUGCAGAGAUAUAUAGGCAACACAAUUGCAUUGCCUUCAUUUCCAUAGGUAAGCAUGGUAAGGAUAUACCAGAAGGAGGAUCUGUAGUGAGUAUAAUGGAUUAUAGAGCUGAUCUGAUGAUUUAUGCCUCUUAGCUACAUAUUUAUUGUUCUUACAGUCUGUAGGAUAUUCUGUCUUUCUAAAGACACCUACAACUAAUCACUUAUAAACAUAUGGUGUCCCUGAAAUAUUUUUCUAAGAGUUUAAAUAUUUAUGUUUUGAAAUAAAAAAAUUCAAAACUUGAAAAGUGUUGGUAACAUUGAAGGUCCAUCUUAAAGGGAAUCUUAUCCCUGAUAGUGGCUCACAGAAUCUACUCUGAUCCCCAUUUUUCUAAUCAACAGCAAAUUUCUACAGGUGCCCAUAUACCUCAAGAAGCAGUAGGCACUAUAGAGGUGUUACAACUAUUCUUGGGCACAUGUCAGAAAAAGCUUCUGUGGUCUAGUUGUUUUUGCUGUCCAUGUGGAUCACAGCUGCUACCUCAGAUUUAAAGUUCUUUUAAAGAAUCACUUAUAAUGGGAAAGUUUUUUAUUUGCAUGUUCCUAACAUUUGUUAGUAUUAUGGCCUGUCAGGAUGCUCAGAAUAGAACACAGCAGAAAAACUGUCAUUUCUAUGACAAUGGGAACAAACAGUUCUCAAAAAUUGUAUAAUGCACAUAUGAAAAUUUGCCCCUUCUUGUAAAAUAGAAAAGUGUGGGGUACAAAGACUCCUUUUCUUAAGACCUUUUAAAGCACCAGAAAUGGCAUUUCUGUAUGAUUACCUUAACACAAUUAUUAAUUUUCCCUGUUGACGCGCACAUCACAAUAAGGAGGGUGGGGACCCAGAUUGUUCCAUUUCCUCAGUGCUUUACUUCUGCUAUUUCCCAAUGAAUAGAUUUCUAGCUUUAUUGUCUCAGUUCUGCAUGGAAUUUGUCUUCAUUAUUUAACUACUUUCUUUUCAAGGCAUGACCUUAUGGCAAAGGUGUACUAAAAGAAUUAAUUAAAUUACUUGCUAAAAGUAGGAGAUUUAUGAGCUCUAAAGAUAGAAUUUUUAAAAAUGUCAGCUUAUGGAAUUUGUUCCUACAAAGUAUAAG